CAUUAAAUUUUACGGGACUGAUUUGCAAUGAAAGAUUAUCAAAAUUAGUAAUACUUAUAUUUUUUUCGUUGGAGGCAUCAACUAGGGGCUUUUGCCAACGAGUGUAGUAGUUUUAGAUGGAGUGUCGAGGUGGGGCUUCAAAGGGUGGCCGGUCGGGCCCUUCUGGUGUAAGUGGUGAUGGCAGUGUCGACCACGUACCGCAGAUCUAUUCUCAGCGCAAUAUAUAUGAAGCAGGGCAGAAGAAGAUAGCAUUUAAGUAUCUUACGGAAAAGGCAGCUGACAGAGAGGACGCAAGAUCAGGCUGCAUAAAGUCGGAAGGUGACUUAUUUAUAAAUGAAACUCGAUCAGGGUUAAUGGCUACCACUGCUGAAUCCGAAAUAUUUCAUCCCAGCGAAUACUAUCCAACUUGGACAGUUGAAGCUCCAACAGAAGCUCUCAAACAGUUUCUUCAGCACUGUACAGGAUGGCAAAGGAUUCCACGUCCAGCUGACAACGCCGUGCCUGUCUUCGCCUAAUUGCCUUGUACGUACAUAUUUUGUCACGUGUCAUGCUGUAUAGACCUGUAAUUCAUUACGUGCCGUGUUUUGAAGUUUGUUGGGUGAUUUCCUGAUUCUUAACUUGUGGUUGUGCUCAAGACUAGCUAGUUUAAGAGACGUUUCCUGAUGGUCCAUGCAUCAGUUUGCUUUGUGAAAUUUAAGGAGGUGAUCUAUUUGGCGGUGUGAUUGACAGUGAGUGAUGGAAUUACAUUCAUAAAAUUUUGUUGCUUUUCGUUGAAUUUUCCUAAAAGCAUGCAUGGAAUUUGGGAGACUUCAUUUCUACGUCCACAUUCAAGUUUCUUACUUGGCUUUCAAAUUAUAGAUUUGAAUUGACAAUGAGUAUUCAUUAUAGAACAUUUUUCUCAUUACAAGACUUGAAAACAAUAUAUACAAAAGUCAAAUGAGAGGUACCUCAUAUGAUGCAUCUAAUUAAAUCAUCUAUUGAAAAAAAGACACAAAAUAUUGGAACAAGUGAGGGGCUUUUGCAACUUGCGUUAGCUACAUUAUAAACAAGUUUGACGAUAGAAAAAAAUGGGUAAAGGACAACUAACAUUGGAAGUAAGAGGCAAACUAGAACUAGGGUAAGAUAAUUUUGAAAAUAUAAGAACACAAGAUGGAAGUUGAAAAAUAGUGCAAAUAUGGUCUAUUUACAGAAGAUCAUAUGAAGUCACCAUAUUGACGUAUACUAUUUUCAUAUCAU